GAGUCGGUUCGGGAUUUAGCGAAGCGUUAGGCUGCAGUCUCAGGCAUUGCCCGCCCGCCCGCCUGCCUGUAGAUACAUCCAGCUCCACAAUGUUGUUUUGGCACACGCAGCCCGAACACUUCCACCACCACCAGCAGCAGCAGCAGCAGCACCACCACCACACGGCAACCAGUUACCUUCGUGAUGUCCUGACAUUUCCAGUAUUUAAACAUGAGGAGUCUAGCCUCCCUCCAGGAAAUGGUGCCAAACUGCUCCCAUUCCAGUAUGUGCUCUGUGCAGCCACAUCUCCUGCUGUCAAACUCCAUGAAGAAACACUGACUUAUCUCAACCAAGGUCAAUCUUACGAAAUCCGUAUGUUUGAAAACAGAAAACCAGACAGUCAGGAAAUAAUUGACAAAUUUAUAAAGGUUGUCUUGCAGAGCAUUAUCCGUGUGGUUUUCCAUGAUCGCCGUUUGCAGUACACAGAGCACCAGCAGCUGGAGGGCUGGAGAUGGAGUCGGCCGGGAGAUCGCAUCCUGGACAUGGACAUACCCUUGUCAGUUGGUAUCGUGGACCCUCGAGCAAACCCAACACAGCUAAACACAAUUGAGUUUCUUUGGGAUCCGACCAAAAGGACUUCUGUUUUCGUUCAGGUUCAUUGUAUCAGUACUGAGUUUACCCCCCGGAAACAUGGUGGGGAGAAGGGAGUUCCAUUCAGGAUUCAGAUUGACACGUUCAAACAAAAUGAGAUUGGUGAAUAUACAGAACAUCUGCAUUCCGCAAGUUGCCAGAUUAAAGUGUUCAAGCCAAAGGGAGCUGAUCGAAAACAGAAAACCGACCGAGAAAAGAUAGAAAAGCGAACGGUCCAGGAAAGAGAAAAAUACCAACAUUCAUAUGAUACAACAAUCCUCACAGAGGCUGCUGUUGACAUGAUACAAUGGUUAUUGGUAGACUCUGUACCAUCUAUUUUCAGUGCUGACAGAAAGUGCUCUCCAUGGCCUGAUGCCUCAUACGUUAGUAGUACUCCCUCCAUAGGUUACCACAGCUUGCCUGUCAACUUUAGUGUCAGUGAAGGAAAUUGGUCACCAACAAGCCAAGAAGAUCCAUCGUCUCUGAACACUGAUUACCUGUUGCCCACAGCCUCGAGCCAGGACGCACAGCAGUGGCUGUACAGAAACCGCUUCUCGACAUUCUGCCAGCUAUUUUUCAAUUUUUCAGGUGCAGACUUGUUGAAAAUGUCUAAAGAAGACUUGAUCCAGAUCUGUGGUCCUGCAGAUGGAAUCAGACUUUUUAACACAAUCAAGGGAAGAAACGUGUGUCCAAAACUAGCCAUCUAUGUGUGUCAGGAGCACGAACAGGACCAGGAGAAUAAUCAACAAAAGCAAGAGAGCAUCAGGGGUGUUGGCAGUUCAUGUGUAUACCAUGCAAUCUUUUUGGAAGAGCUGACAGCGGUAGAGUUAACUGAGAAAAUAGCAAAUCUGUACAGCAUUUCUCCGCAGCAGAUUAACCAGAUCUACAGACAGGGACCCAGUGGGAUCCACGUGCUUGUCAGUGAUGAGAUGGUUAAAAAUUUCCAUGAUGAGGCUUGCUUUGUCAUCUGCACCUUGAAAGCUGAGAGAAAUGAUGGGUACAACAUAAUCUUAAAAUGACGAAAACUGGACCUGAUUCCCUGAUCAGGCGGAAUAUUGAGUGUUUAUGUGUUGUUUGAACAUUGUCAUUGAACAAGGACGAGUAUCUGAAAAUCAGGCAAAAGAUAAAUUGGGCAUUCGAUUAAAACCAACUUUUUCCAAAGUCCUUGAGAGAACCUUGUCUUUACGAAAGUGAAUAUUAUAUUUGGGGAGGGGAGGUGGGAAGGGGACCGUGGUUUUUGCCCAGUUGCCCAAUAGGAGGUACUAUAGUCUGUAUAAGCCAAAUGUGGCAAAAUACUUUAUUUUGUGAAGCACAAAAUGCGAUACAAUUUUUCUUUUGAUUCUUGGCUUUUUUUUUUAAGAGUUGACUGGGGAAAACUACUUAAAAAAAUCACCUUUGCCAUUAUUUCUCAUCUUCAGGCAAAAUAAAAAUCGAUGAAGUCAUUCCAAAAACUAAUUGCUAACUUUCCAGCAUCCCAUGUAAUUGAAAUGGAAUUUGGCUUAUUCGCUGGCCCUGAGAAUUAAAUGCUUUGUUCGCAUUUGUAUUUCUGAUAAUUUGAAAAGGAUCAUAAUUGUAUAGAAGUUACCUAUUAGGAAAUAAACACAGCGAUAUUAACUUCUGACACUAAUGGUUCCUAUCUAACUCUGAGGUACAGUGUUCUAUGGUAUCCAGACUCUGUCUUGGCUUAAGGAGUAAACCAAAGGUUUGAGCUGUCCAAUAUCCUUACACUGGACAUGUCUGUCUGUUGCAACUUGUCUUCAUCAUGAUACUUGUGACAAUGCUGUGACCCUUGUUCUUUUCUGAAGCCUGUGCCCAUGAAUAUUUUCCAAUUUGAAGCAAACGAUUGCUGUUUUACUAUUUACAAUCCAUGUUCUUUACUUGGUGCUGCAGUGGGAAUGAGGUGGAGAGAGUAGGAGAGAAAGUUAGGCAACUAACUCUUGUCUACAUUAAUUUUCCACAUGGAUGAAGAAUAUAUUAUUCUCCUUAAUGAAUCUGAUGAAUUCCUGUUCAAGAGCACCCUUAGGUUUGUCUUCUACUAGAUAAAAUAAAUCACUAAAAAAAGUGUAAAAUAUGUAGACUAUAUUUUUAGGGUUGGGAGAGGAAGGAGUGAUAUCUCAAAAGCUGAAGAAAUAUGACCGUAAUUUUUUGAUUUGUUCAUGGGCCAUGAACAUUGCUAGCAAAGUCAGCAUUUAUUGCCCAUUCUUAAUUGCCCUUCAGAAGGUGGUGGUGAGCCUUCUUGAAUAGCUGGAGCCCUUGCGGUGUAGGUACACCCACAGUACUAUUAGAGAAGGCGUAUACAAGUAAAUAAACCUGGUUAAUAUGUGCACAUUCCUGGCCCAUUUUCUGCUCCAUGUUUGAAGCCAGUUCCAGUUUGGAUUCUUUUCUUACACAGACAAACAUAUGCAUGAAGUUAUUCAUUAUUCAAAGUCAGCCUGUUGGCUGCAACAAGGGCAUUAAUGACUCCCUAUGCUAGAUAUCAUAGACGUUCUCUCUCAAUGGGAUGGUGACCUUUUCAAUGAAGUGUACUUUAUGAACAGCUUAUUACAACGUGUUUGAUUCCAAAAUGUUAAUGUUUACACGACUGCUAUUCAAUUGGUAAAUCACCUGGUGGGGUACACUUUGUUUUUGCAUUUUUUUAUUCAAAAGAAACAUUCCUUUCAACAUAUUGAGCCCUUUAACUUUGCUGGAAAUUCUGUUGCAGUCAUUAGAUACAUUAAAAUGAGUAGAAAUGUACUUUUAAAAAUUGCAAUGCACAAAGGGAUCACCCACACUUCAGUCCUCCAAUUUAGUUAUGCUUCCAUAUUCUUUCUGCAUCUUAAACACAUCUUUCCUUGAAGUGAGAAACCAGCCAGGCCAUUUGCUCACAGGCCUUUUCCUGGCUCCUGAUUGGUGUGUAGGACUGUUCUAGUGUCAUGACUGUAAUGAACGACUCGAGGUGUCGAAAACUGGCAGUGGAGGAGAGGAAAAAUGGAGGAGGGUGAUCCCUUCUACCAUACCAAGGCACUUUGUUAUAGAAAUAAAACUGACAAAUUGAACCUGAGGCAGCUUUCUAAACUACAUGACUGCAUUUACUGUAUUUGCCCUGUUACUAACCUUCGGCUGGGUGAGGUUGAUACUCUGAAGUUUCCGAUCAGUCUGGCCUACCAACAAACUAUGUGAAGCCAUAAAUUAGGCUCCAAAUCAUCUGAAUUUCCCUGACUUAUGAAGCGUUGUAACCCUUAAUUUCUUAUAACUACUUAGCUCUAUUACCUCAGUUUGCCAUAAGAAUAAUAUUGAAGUUUGGUGAUUGAAGGAUUGGGCUCAGCAGAUAUGGUGGAGAUGUUUGUGUUUGAAGAUGAACACAAACCAGAUCUCUUCAGUGGUCUGUAGUCCAGGCAACUAAAGGUACCUCAGAUAUGGCAGAUCUUGUUUUGAAUGUACUUACCCAUUGCGAUGGAGCUACUGUGAAUUCUGACCCCUGCCUGCAGUAACAAAAUUCUAAUGUGCCCAUGCAUGCAAGGGUUGGCAAAUAAUUUAAAUAUUAUAAAUUAGGUUCACAAAAGCCAACACAAAUGGAGUUCAAUUAAAAGGAGGUGCAGCCUCAAAUCUUCACAUUUGGCAAUUAAUUAUGCGCAGUUCUGCAGUAAAUUGCUUAUUUACAGAAAAGCUAUAAAAGUAACUUCAUUUAUUUGCUUUUUUGUUUAACCAUGAAUGUCACUAACACUGCAAUUUGGAACAGCGCUUUGCUGUAGUUUAAGGCAUGACCUUUGUAUCAAAAGAAUUUAAUGCAAUAAAGUUUCAGGCAAAUUGCCAGUUUAUAUUCUAUUAAUCUGGAUUUUUUUUAAACUAAGAGCAGAAAAUGCUGGAAGUGUCCAGCAGGUCUUGGCAGUAUCUCUGGAGGGAGAAACAGAUUUAAUGUUUCAGGUUGAUGACCUUACAUCAGAACUGGGAAGAGUUUUGAGCGAGGGGUGUGUGGGACAAGGACGAAGGGAAGGUCUGUGAUAGGGUGGAAGACAGGAGAGAUUGAAUGACAAAAGAGUUAGCCAUCCAGGGCCAAAAGAAUUGGGGCAAAAUAAUCAAAGAAACAAAAGAUGCGCCUAAGGAUGGUGCGCUAUUGUCUGAAAGCAAAUUUAAGAGAAAAAAUGAAACAUGCAAAGGGAAGAAAACAAAAUGGGGGCAGAGGUGACGGUUUGAAAUUGUUGAACUCAGUGUUGAGUCCGGAAGGCCUUCUGCACUGAUUCUUUUGCCCCCAUCACCAUUUCUUUUGGCCCUGGAAGGCUAACCCUUUUGUCGUCCAUUCUCUCCUGUCUUCCACAGACCUUCCCUUUGUCCUCGUCCCACACACACCUUGCUCAAAACCUAUUUCACCUCUAAAAUUCUCCCUGUUCCAAUAAAAAGUCACCGAUCUGAAAUGUUGACAGUUUUUCUCUCCACAGACGCUGCCAAGGCUUGCUGAGUUUUUCCAACGUUUCCUGUUUUUAUUUCAGUUUCCAGCAUCUGCAGUAUUUUGCUUUUCAAUUAGUGUUUUUUUUUUGAGUUGGUGUAAUGCUUUCUAUAAACUCUGUGGAAUUAUUUUGUGUGUCUUAAAAGAUGUUUUUGUACUCCUACCAAUGAAAUGUAGUGAAUUGUAUAUUGAUUUAAUGAUGGGCGAGGUUAUCACUGUUAAGAUUUUUUUUGACCAGCUUUCUGGGCUCGCUUAGACACUGGGUGAAUAUACACAUCAAUAUAUAAACUCACAGGAUUGCAGAGGAUAAAGUGGGAGAAGUUAGUUGGAUCAAGAAUGUGUGAGGUCCAAUGAUGAUGAAUAUUGUUACUUUUUUUAAACAUAGAAGCAUUUUUUGCACCGGCUACUGUACACUUCAGUUCCGAAAUGGAAAGUGUUCUGCACCUGUAGGCCUGUACACUAGUCAACCUAACACAAAUAAAUCUACCUUUUAUAACAA